AUGAAGUCGCUUAAUAGACAACGUAUACCCGAAUCAUUUCUUUUAAACCCAUACGACUUCAUCGUUGAUAUGUCAGAUGUGGCAGUGACAAAAUUGCAAGCCGAAGCCCUCUCCUUAGGGCUCAAAAUUUGUGUGCCGAGAAGGAAAAUAGAUCCGACGGACAUUGAAGCCAAAUUUGAAGACCUGCAGUACCAGUUAUCUGACCUGAAGCCGACGUCAAAAGAAUCUGCCGGAUGGCUAAAAGCGGAUAUCACUUAUCAGUAUAGAAAAAUUCCGGUUAUUCAGCGCCCACUCUUAACUAAGCAACCCCUUACGGCUUUAAACGACCUGCGAAAGGCCACUAACAUCGUUAUCUCGAGACCAGACAAAGGAAGCGGCGUUGUGACUUUAAACAAGGAUGAUUACGGUAGAAAGAUGCAAGCCAUAUUAAAUGAACCCAGCAAAUUCUCUUCUGAAACCCACGGAAAAGAAGAAACAAAAGUGCUGGAAGAUCUUAUUGGGAAAAGAAGGUUAAAUCGCUACUCGAAAAACGGAUAA